GGACUUCCAACAAGCACAUUGGACGAAACGUCGUCGUUUUUCUUGAUACUCUUGAAAACUGGUUGCAGAGGCAACAAGUAACCACUGUCCCUCCUGCUUUUCCGUCGACUCUUUCCUCGAUAUGGACUCCUACGCACCUCUGCUUGAGCGAACUCGAGUCCCUCAACCAUCACUCCAAAGAUUGGCUGUAAUUUCGAUCUUCGAGAAGCUUCGGUCCGCUCCAUCCUACAUUGACUCCGACUCCGAUCCUGGAACAGACGCCAUCUCUCAGUGUCUUCACUCCAGCUCUCCCGCCGUCGUCGACCAAGCCGUCCGAGAAUUAUGCCGACUCGUUACCGACUCCAAAAUGGAGCUCUCUCGCGGGUUAUUGGAGCUCCAAUCUGCUAUCGAAGGUUCCAAUUCGCGUUUCGUCAACGUUUUCGUUAAGGCGAUAGGGUUUCUUGUCCAUUUCGGAUUCCAAAAGAACAUUUCAUUGUUUCGGGUCGAAUCACCCGAGUCUCACCCUUUCGUUAAGGUACUUUCGGGGGGAACGGAGGUUCACUCUGAACUGGUGCAGCAAGUUUUACUGUUUAUAUCUCAGAAUAAGGGAUCGCGGAUGGUGGAAGUUUGUGAUUUCUUAAGACCCUUUUCGAAUUUUUCAGUUUUGCGCAUAGCAUUUUCGGACUCAUCAGCGUCUUCAUUUGUAAGACAUUUAAUAUCAUCUACGGCAUCACUUUGUUGCUCAUUUCCUCGUGAGGCUAUGCCAGUUUUCAAAUUGUUGAUGGGAUGCCUGAGAUACUAUCCACAAAAAAAUGCGGAAGAUUUUAAAAUUUUUAUUAAUAUAAUGGAAUACAUGGUGGACGCCUAUACAGUGGUUUUGAAGCACUUGGUUGGAGUGCCCUCGCUAAGCAACGAGGCUCAACUGUGUGGUCUGGAACUGUUGGAAACUGUCCACUCACAACAUUCAGAUCAUCACAAGCAUUUUGGUGGGAGUGAGCCUAUUGUUGAACUAUCAAAGCGGUUAUUGGUUGUGCAGAAAGAGCUUGGUUUACCAUACAUUCCUGAACUAUUAUUGCUUAUGUCAUCCUUAUUUGUAAUUCUCAUUCGAUCAGAACUUGAGCAUGAACAACUUCCUGUAUUGAAACUCGUCCUCUUUCUCUUGAAGUGGAAAAAUGAAAACGAAUAUAUGGUUGGUAGAGCUCAGUGUGAUCUGAGUGAAGAGCUUUUAUUUGUUUUCCCUGUUAUCAACUUUGUUUCAUCUCCUUCUACAUCUGUUAAGGAAGCUGCAACAGAUUUGCUUUUCAUGCUGGAAAAGGUUCUAGUAAAUUUUGCGAUAGCACCAAAAGAAGAGCCAUCCUUGCAAGGGGGAUUUCCAUCCAUCAGCAGACCUGCAUCUAUAAUUUUUAGACUUUUGCAACAGCUGUGGUUUCAGGAUCAAUCUUUAUCACCCAGUUCCUUCUUUCUAAAUUUUGCUUCUACUGGAAAAACUGAUGUCAAAGAAAUGAACAAUGGAUCAAAGUCAUGGCUUUCUCAAUUAGGGGAUUACUCCUUAUGGAUUGUUGAAAGACGGAAAUCCUUUCUUCCUAUAUCCCAGUCUCAGGAGAUCUUUUUAACUGAAAUGCCUCUGUUAUUGAGUGCAAUAACUUGUGGUUUGUUCAUGCAUCAUUCGUUGGGAUGUGCUGCUAUAGAUUCUUUGGCUGCCAUUGGCAUUAUGGAUCCUAAACUGGGAGUUACAAUGCUCCUAACCAUUCUAUUUUUCAAUAACAUAAUCUCCAGUAAAGGUAUUGGCUUCCAUGAUAUGUUGCUAAAACUUUUGGGAAUGCUCCCAUCGCUUGCUUCUCAUUCUGUCAUGAUUCCUCUUGUAGUUCAAACCAUCUUGCCAAUGCUUCACGAGAAUGCAAAACCAGUGUUAUAUGCUACAGCCACUCGUUUGCUUUGUAAGACCUGGGAGAUCAAUGAUCGUGCCUUCGGGAGUUUGCAAGGGGUGUUGCUUCCAAAAGGGUUCAACGAGUUCAUGUCUGAGAGAAAUAUCUGUAUAAGUAUGGCUGCUUCCAUUCGGGAUGUUUGCAGAAAGAACCCUGAUAGGGGUGUGGACCUUAUCUUGUCUGUUUCGGCUUGCAUUGAGAGCCGAGAUCCUGUAAUUCAAUCUCUUGGCUUUCAAAGUCUUGCUCAUCUUUGUGAAGCUGAUGUAAUCGAUUUCUAUACAGCCUGGGAUGUCAUUGCAAAGAAUGUAUUGGGCAACUUGGUGGACCCAAUUAUUGCCCAUAGUGUAUGCCUUCUUUUAAGAUGGGGUGCUAUGGAUGCUGAAGCAUAUUCAGAAGCUUCAAGGAAUGUUUUGCAAAUUUUAUGGGAAGUUGCUUCUUCUAGACACACUGGUCAUGGAUCUCUAUGGGCAAAGGCAAGGACCUCUGCAUUUGAGGCCUUAAUCCAUUAUGAGGUACCACAUAUUGAAAAAAGUAUUCCUGAUUUCAAGAAAAGGAACUUGGAGUUGCUUAUCUCCGAGACAAAUCCUGGAGCAAUCAGGACUAUGGAAGAAUUUGAAGUCAAGAUUAUAACCUAUGAGCACAUUACUCGGCGUAGAUUAAUAAAGGAGAAAAAAGUCAUGGUAAACAAGAUUGAGAAGUUGCUCGAUGUAUUCCCUCAGGCUAUUUUCUCUUCAGGAAAAAACAGUAACUCUAAAGUGUUACCUGGUGCAGCGCUUUUAUGCCUUUCCUUCACUCCCAAGGGUGUGAGUUAUCAAGGGGUAUCAAAAGGAUCGCAAGAGGUACAUACUAGAUAUGAGAAUGCUGUAGUUGAAAUAGCAGCAUCUCUUCAGCUCUCAAGAAAUAUUUUGCUUGCACUUCUUUCACUGCAAUCGUGGAAGCCCUUCAUGCAACGAUGGAUGAGGGCUAAUAUAUCGUCCUUCAAUGCUAAAGCACCAACUACCAUUUUGGAUAAAACUUCUAAAGCUGCUAAUGCUAUUCUGAAGAGUAUGAGAAGAAUUGCAGAAGAAUCAAUCCCCCGAUCUGCUGAAAACAUUGCACUAGCCAUAAGUGCCCUAUGCGUGGUCUUGCCUCCAGAGGCCCAUGCUGUUAAAUCAACUGCUUCAACGUUCCUGUUAAACUGGUUAUUCCAGUAUGAACAUGAAUACCGCCAAUGGUCUGCUGCUAUUGCUCUCGGGUUGAUCUCAAGUUGCCUGCAUGUAACCGAUCAUAAGCAAAAAUUCCAGAAUAUCACCGGACUUAUUGAGGUUGCAUGUGGCAGCAAAAAUGCCCUUGUCAAAGGAGCUUGUGGAGUAGGCUUGGGUUUCUCAUGUCAAGAUCUUCUUACCAGGUUUGAAGCUGUGAAUGACUCUAACUUGGGUCAAGAAACAUUCAAGAUGCAGGAAGUGGACUUACUAGGAAAGAUUGUUAGGGCCUUAUCUCAGAUGAUAUGUCAGCUUACUCAAUCUUCAUCUGAUCUUCUAGAAAGCCUUUCUUCAUAUUUCCCUCUGAACACAUAUGAUAUGGGUACAGUUAUGACUUCUGAGUUGUCAUCUAAGAACUCUGAUGACUUGGAGGAAGAUAUAUGGGGUGUUGCAGGACUUGUCCUAGGUUUAGGAAGUUCUGUGAAUGCAAUAUAUAGAGCUGGGGCACAUGAAGCUGUGCUUAAGAUAAAAGACUUGAUCAUAUCUUGGAUUCCACAUGUGAAUCCUUCAGUUCAAAACUCUAGUUUUCAUGAUGAAAGAUCUGAGAUAGUUUUAUCGGUUGGAUCUUGUCUUGCACUCCCAAUUGUGGUAGCUUUCUGCCAAAGAGUUGAACUGGUGAAUAAUAGUGAACUGGACCAUAUAGUGGGUGGCUACAUGGAACUUAUUUCUGAACUAGUGUCUGUGAAAAAAUCUGGCACCUUUCACGAGAGCUUGCUGAUGGCGUCCUGCACUGGAGUGGGAAGCCUCCUUGCAUGCAUUUUGAAUGAAGGGGUGCACCCUUUGGAAGUUGAAUUCGUAAAAGGUUUAUUGGAAUUGUUGAGAAAAAGCUACUCUAAUCCAUAUCCUCCUAUUAUCCAUUUUGGUGGGAUGCUUGGUGUUGUUAAUGCAUUAGGAGCAGGUGCUGGGACUCUAAUUCAUAGUUAUCCUUCGAUGAUCUCUUUGCAGACUGGUUAUGAGCAGAAGGAAUCUUCUUAUAUCAUGGGGCCUCUGCUUUCAAGUCCUGCUUGUGAGCCACAUUUGGCAUCAUUGAUGCAAGAGAUUUUUCUUGUUGCACAAAAUUCUGACGACCAUCAACAGCAACAAUAUGCAGCAUGGGCAAUUUCAUUUCUUAGACAUCGUUUGUGGUCCAAAGAGCCUAAAGAACUUCAAAACUUUGGCCACCAUUUCCAGACUGAUGCCGAUGGUUCUAAGUCUGUUUCUCAAAGCUUUUCUGAGGACAGUACAGUUAUGAAGCUCUCUUUGUGGCUUAUGCAGUUGAAUUAUUCUGGGCCAGGUGUGAUCUCACAUGUUAAUACAGUACAAACUGUUUUGAGGUGCCUUUCCCAAGCCCCAAGGUUGCCAGCCUUGGAUUGGGGAGCAAUCAUUAGACGCUGCAUGAGAUAUGAGGCUCAAGUUUCUGAGUUGAAACCAUUAGAUUCAAAUCUUAAGAAAGUAACCCUUAGGGAGGAAUGUCUACAGUUCUCAUUGGCUCAUGCAAACCAAUUUGAUUCACUCUUAAGUUUCCUUGAUGAGAUCUCUGAACUCUCCAGGUUCAGCUCCCUUGAGCUAAAUCUGCAGUCACAUUUGCUCUCUCACCUGGAAGAUCUGAUAAAGAUAUUUUCUGGCUCCAGGCUUGAGAAAUUGUUUGAUGACAUUACUGUCUACCUAUCUUCUUCAGUUUCUUCUCAUCAAGGCUAUAACCCUGGUCAGCAAAGCUUGUUACGGGUUUCAUGCUGGAAGGGUCUUGAUCAUUGUCUGGAUGAAGCUUCUGUUGACUCCCUACAGUAUAUAACAAACAUUGAGAAAUGCAUGGAGGUGCUCUUUUCCUUGCUGCCUGCAGUGCAAUCUGGUGGCAUCCUAGGAGUGGAUCAGGUGGAUUCUAAAGAGGAGUGGUCUGAGGCUAUUAAUUGCUUAGGCAAGUCUAGACGGGGUUGGCUAUUGGAUCUUCUGCAGGUUUUAGAGGCAGAUCUAGUCCAAGGAGAUGACCAUUUUAUUCAAGUGGCAAAAAAGAUUCAAGCGAGAGCCAGGCUUGUUAAGAUAGAUUCCAUCCCACUGACUGAGCUGGGAAGACUAAAAGCUUAUAUUUUGAACACUGGAUCACAUGGUAUAUGGGAUGUGCUUAUUGAAGUUGUUGCAGCUUUGCAACACGCUGAAGGAAUUGUCAAGAGACAAUGGCUUGUUGAUACUGUUGAAAUCAGCUGCAUAACAAAUUAUCCUUCCACGGCGUUGCAGUUUCUUGGUCUACUUUCUGGUAGUUGCUGUAAAUAUAUGCCUUUCCUAAUUCUAGAUCGAUUUACUGUGUUGAGUGACCUACCAGUCACCCUCACCUCCCUUCUAUCAGAACCAAAUUGGGAGUUUGUUGCAGAAUCCCUGGUUUCUCGUCUGUGGACAUUGACGGAGCGCAUUUACAACUGGGCCACACAUAUAUCACAUGCUGAUGAUUCAUAUUCAUCUAGUCUGCACUCUAUUGACAACAGCGAGAAUGCCAUGGCCGCAUUUCUUACGCAUGUGAUGUAUCACACCUGUGUUUCUUUGAAGGACUACUUGCCUCUUGAAAAGCAACUCAGGCUUGCCAACAUGAUUCUACCCUGAGAUUCGAGCAACUGUUUUGUGAAAAAAAUGCAGCAUUUGUAAUUUUCGGCUGACUUGAAGUGGCUCAUUCCCUUUUAACGUGUAGAGCUACUCUUGACCCUCCUUUAGUUUAGUACCUUCUUGUAAUGUAUGUUGGGCAUUUAUUUAAAAGAAAAAUUUCUCAUCUGGAACUUCUGAGAAACUCAAAGCCCUCCUUUCUCUAACAGUGAAGUAAAAGCAUGUGUUUUGAUGUGUUCUAACAAUCUAUUUAAUUUGAUGUAGUUCAUGUCAUGUAACA